AUGUCAGACAAAGCAACAGUGGAUGACAUACAACAUCUCCGGGACCAACUGCAGCAAAAGGAUGCACAAGUCCAACAGGCUGCCCAAGCUGGUUUGGAACUGCUGAAUCAGAUAGCAGAAAUGCAAACUAGGUUUGAAGAACAGAGAACGGAGAUGACAAGUGCACUGGAGGAUCUUCAGCAAGACAAGUAUACGCUGAAGAAGGAAGUGGCACUGAAGACCCAACAAAUUAAAUCGUUGCAGUGGGAGGCUGAACAUUUGGAAAAACGCCAUAGGCAGAACAUAGACGAUGAAAACAAAAAACUACAGAUGAGUCACCAAAUGGAUCUUGAGGAGCUCAACAAAAAGAUGAUCCUUUUACAAUCAGCACUGGAUGAGUCACGACUGACUGAGAAACAGACUAAAGAAAAACUUGAAUUACAGACAGAGGUUCUGAAUUCUAAGAUGGAGGAACUCCGGAUUCUAAAUGAGCACACUCAAAGUUCACCAUUGUCAGAGUCAGUGGAUAUGCACAAAGUUCUUGAGUUGGAGAACAUUAAGUUGGAGUUGGAAUGGAAACACAAGGAAUCCCAGCACAGAGAGCAGCAGCUGCAAUUGAUCAAUAGCAGUUUACAAGACAAUCUGAAGCUAACCACAGAGGAAAGAAACAAAGAUGCUGCCACCUGGUGUGCAGCAUUAGAGAAAUCACGGGAAAUGAACCGGGAACUCCAGGACCGUCUGGAAACUGUUCUACAACAGGCCCAGGAUCCAAACACCAAAGGCAAUUCUCUUUUUGCUGAGUUGGAGGAUAAACGUGCAGAAAUGGAAAAAAAACUUAAAAACAUGAAAGUCCAGUACGAGUCACUUCAAACACAGUAUGACUUCAACAAACAACAGUUGCAGCGUAUGAAGGUUCACAUUGCUACUCUGAUGCAGCUCCGAUGUUCAAGGGUCGACCCCUCUCAAAUGGAGAGACUCCAGUCUUUGUUGUCAGAGAAGACUGAUGAAAUACACAAUCUCAUGACCAAACUACAGAAAUUGGAGAAGGUUGAGGUAUUGUUGAAGACCCAGAGUAAUAAUCCACCACGUUCUGAAACUGGUAACGGCCAGGAAGAAACGUUUUAUAUUGACCUACUCAAAAUGCAACUCGACAAUGCAAUGAAGGAUGUAGAACGAUUAGUCAAUGAACUUUCUCUGGUAAGGAUGAAGUCUUUGUCAGAAAGCCAGAAAGUUCUGCAACUGGAGAGGAAACUCUUCGCCGGUGAUCGUCUUCUCAAACAGGCAGAGUCUGAUAAAAUCCAAUUACAGCUUCAGGUGGAACAUCUACAAGAGAAAUAUGAACCCAAAAAAACAACUAAAUUAUCCCAGGGAGGAAAGAACGAGAAACUCCCUGUAAAUACUUUAUCAUCAUUUGAAGCAACUGAACCUAUUAAGAGCAAGAAGAUUUCAAAGGAAUCUGGCAUCUCUCUUUGCCCAGAGACCGGUAAAUAUCCCACAAUCUGGUUUGUUGGGGCUGUUUUUGAGGUCCCGAUGUCCAGCAAUAGCAUCGCGCCAGAAUCAGCCAAGCAUGUCAAGAUCUGUGAGGAUAAUCCUGUUCUGAUCCCCAAUCCAAGGUCUCCUGGGGCCAACUGCAAGGAGGAAAACCACGAGCAAAAGGAAAAUGUGGAAAGAAAAAAAAAUGAAAAUGUUAAGGUGAUGCAUGUCUGCGCUCAACACAGUAUGGAAACCCAGUGUUCUCAGCAAUAA